UGCUCGCAGGUCUUGCCCAAUUACUGGAAGGUCGCGCUCGGCAUUUGAAUGGCAUCGGUGAGUUUUGCAACGAGGAAAGCGAUCGUAGCCACGGUGCCGUAAGUGAACGCAAGAUGGAAGCGGGAUAGAAUAGAAUUUAGAAUAGAUCUUUUUUUAUUUAUUGGCCAAGUGUGAUUGGACACACAAGGAAUUUGUCUUGGUGCAUACGCUCCCAGUGUACAUAAAAGAAAAGAUACGUUCAUUAAGAAUUCUAAGAUUUGGAACUGAAGCUUCCUCUAUGAAUGUUAAAAUGAAUCUUAAAAUGGAUCAACUUUUUAAAACAGGAAAAAUAGUACUGCCUUGUUUGGCUAAUUGGGUCGUGUGCUGUCAAAGGCAGAGUUACAGAUCUUAUUGCAAUUUUCAUAAAAAACAAAAGUUUUUCCCACAAAUGAACCUGCGGGAUGACACAGAAGCAUUCCAGGAGAGCAGAUCUGGAGAACCUAUGUGUAAAAGCCAAACAUUGAUGUUACAAACUGGAUUGAUUUGUCCUGCCAAUCCCGGAUGCUAUUACUACAUGCCUUAUACUGUCCGAGCGAUGGAGAAACUUAUCAAAGUUUUAGACCAAGAAAUGCAAGCCAUAGGUGGCCAAAAAGUGAACAUGCCCACGUUGUGUUCAGGAAAGCUCUGGAAAGCCAGUGGGAGAUGGGAACUGAUGGGCAAAGAGCUUCUGCGAGUGACUGACAGGCAUAGUCAAGAAUAUUGUUUAGGGCCUACCCAUGAAGAGGCCAUCACAGACCUAGUAGCUUCUCAAGGCUCUUUGUCUUACAAACAGCUUCCUCUUUUGUUGUAUCAGGUGACAAGGAAGUUUCGAGAUGAGCCGAGACCUCGUUUUGGGUUACUUCGUGGCCGAGAGUUCUAUAUGAAGGAUAUGUAUAGCUUUGAUGUCUCUGAGGAGGCCGCCCUCCAGACCUAUUCCCUGGUGUGCAGAGCUUACUGCAACAUAUUCAGCCGGUUGGGGCUUCAGUUUCUGAAAGUCCAAGGAGCAACAGGAAGCAUCGGAGGGACAUUGUCUCAUGAAUUCCAGCUACCUUCUGAUGUCGGUGAGGACCGACUGGCGAUGUGUACCAACUGUGACUUUUCAGCCAAUCUAGAGAUAGUAAAGUCAGAUGAGAUGCGUUGCCCCAUUUGCAAAGGAGAACUGGUUGAGAAGAAAGGGAUUGAAGUGGGCCACACAUUCUUCUUGGGAACUAAAUAUUCUUCCGUUUUUAAAGCCACUGUCCAAACUGCUGACAAUGUGCCCGUUCUAGCUGAAAUGGGAUGUUAUGGGUUGGGUGUCACCCGCAUCCUUGCGGCCUCCAUUGAGUUGCUUUCAACAGAGAAUACCAUUCGUUGGCCAAACCUCAUAGCACCCUAUCAGGUUUGCCUUAUCCCUCCCAAAAGUGGCAGUAAGGCACACAAAACAACAGAACUCAUAGAGGAUUUACACAGGUGUGUUGCUGAAACCAUACCACAACUUAAAGAAGAACUUGUGCUGGAUGACCGGACUCAGUUCACCAUUGGAAAAAGGUUAAAAGACGCUGACAAACUUGGCUAUCCUUUUGUUAUAGUAUGUGGGAAGGCGGCUUUAGAUGACCCUCCUCUCUUUGAAGUAUGCAACCAAAACACGAGUGAAACCCUAUUCCUUACCAAAGAGGCCACAAUUGACUUGCUACGUAAAGUCCGCAUUCCCUGAAGACUGGAUUGGGGGUGGCGGUGGUUCUAAAAUAUUAAAACGUCAUAUCAAAACAUAACAAUAAUUUGAGUAUAUUGGAUUUUUUAUUGUUUUAAUUUCUAGUUUGUAACCCAAACUUCACAAUGAAGCAGAAUGAUGAUUUUUCUCUUUCUAAAGCUUUGUAUGUGUCACCCUUACUACGGUAGAUAGGCUAAUAGGAAACAGAUAAGAUAAUUGUACUUUAUUGGAGGGUUACAGGAACAGAAUCCUGCAAGUCUGGGUACUUCUCCCCACAUCCCCUUUAUAGCCCCAAAACUAGGGAGGGUCUCUUCUGAGCCUCUUGCCCAGCCUACAUUCCUACUAUGAGCUAAGCUGCGUUAUAAUUUACUUAUUUUAUAUCCCGCGUUCAUUAUUUUUAGAAAUAACUUAAGGCAGUGAACAUAUCCAAUACACUUUCCUCCUCCUAUUUUCAUCCGUGCGAGGUGGAUAGGCUGAGAGUGACUGGCCCAAGGUCACCCAGCUUUCAUGACCAAGGCAGCAUUUGAACUCAAAGCUCCUGCUUUCUAGCCUGGUGCCUUAACCAUUAGACCAAACUGGCUCUCUUUUAAGCUAGGUCUACAUUUUAGGUACAGAAACAGCAGCCACAGGUUUUUCCUACACUGAGUGAACUACUCCCUAUAAAAAGGGCUUCCAUAGCAUUCCUAAGUAUGUUUUUAAAAAAAAACAAGCUGCUCCCUUCCUUCAAUGAGGGUAGAUUACCUGCUUGUGUGUGUUACCACAAUGUUUUGAGUUCCAUUUUUAUUGUGGGAAUAUUUUAAACCAGUGUUUCUCAGCAAGUUUAAGAAGUGUAGAUCUGAACACCUUAUGAUAGUUGGGGAAUUCUCACAUUUCUUAAGAUUGCUGAAAUCGAGAGAGACUGAUUUAAAAUAUCAAUAGGCACAUCUGUGGAGUACAAGUCCCUAAAAGUCUUCUAUCAUUCAAGCUGCAUAUCUGAUCAAACUUUUUUUAUGAAAGUUUUUGCCUUGUAUUUUUUAUCAUAAGGUUCAGCCUGCUUUAAAAUCUACCUUAGGCUGACUUCAUCCAGCAACGGCAUUGUUUUUGAUACAGAAAAGCAACUCCUGGCUUCCUUCAAAAUAAACUGGUAGAUGACACAUGACAUUACAGGUAGUUAAAAUGAGGGGGGAGAGCCUCCAAAUAUAUCCGGAACUGGCCAUUCUUUUCGGUCCACUUUGAUUUAGCUUGCUUCCCCUUUCUCUUCCUUCUCAUAUGACCUAUGGACUUCAACUCCUAGAAUUGGCUAACUCAGGAAUUCUGGGAGUUGAAGUCCACAGGUUGUAAAGUUGCCAUAGUGGCCCCACCCCUGUCAUAUAGAAAACAGGAAAUAUCUAAUUAUUCCAUAAUUCCAAACUAGCCAUUUCUAGAAAAUUAGUCUGGAGGUCAAGAGAAAUUAGUCUGGUCUCUCUAUGGCAUAAGGUCAUCUUUAUUCUAGAGCAUCCGAAGUCAAGAUGCUCAGUCAUCCAGGUUGUGGUUGUCUCAAAGGUGCUUUUUUAAAAGGCAACUGGACUUUCUUUGAAAGAUAGCCCAGCUGCCUCUUGAAAAAGCAUCUUGGACAACCUAUUCUAGAACCUGCCCAUAAAGUUGCAGUCUUAAAUAUGCACCUUUCAAAAUGCCACCAAAUUCAUUAGGCCUAUUUUCCAAAACAUACCCUUAGAUUUAACACAAAAUUAAGUUGCAGGUGCUCUUUAGUGUGUUCAUACUAUAUAUUAAGUUCAGUUUUCUUGAGAUUGGGUCUUUUUGUGGCUCAGGCUAAUGUGCAAAUCCAGACCCUUUCAGUGAGCUGAUAAUUCAAUGUAUUCUAGGA